UAAGGUUGUCUAUGCGAACAAAACGUUUAUUAAAAGUCCUGUUGUGUGUAUGUUUGUACGACCUCCUGUCUCAUCAAACAUAAUUUGAACGUUAGAAAGAGGAAAGUGCAAUGUUGAAUCCCAUAGCAACCGAUGAAAUGUGUUCUGCUAAGUUUGUUCACAACUUCCUUGAUGUCCUGGAAAAUCUUCCAGAUGAAGUUCAGCGCCAGAUUACUCUUAUGCGUGAGCUUGAUAUUAAUUAUCAAACUCUCCUGAAUGAGAUGGAUGGAUUACGACAGGAACUUGAGUCUCGUGACAGUCCUGACUCUGCGUGGGUGAAGCGACUGCUGGUACAGCUGCAGGACAAACUUAUUGCCACGCAGGAGCUGGCUGAUGAGAAACUUCACUCAGUUCAGCAGAUCCUAGAUCUCAUAGAGAGAAAACAAGAGCAGCUUGAUUUCAGCUCAAAAAGUCUUGAUGCUGAAAAGUCAGAAAACGAGAAAGCUGCUGAGGCUGCAGCCAAUGCAAGCAACUCCAGAGACAGAGGUGCUGCUGACAGCAGUGGUAGUGAGCGUGCCAGCAAAAGACCUCGCCGCACCCCUCGUCUGGACUCGACAUUCUCCUACAGCAACAGUCUCAACUCUACAGUCACGGCGUCUGCUUCUCCUCUCGCACACAGCGCCGCUAGCAGCAUGGCUGCUAGUGCAUCUGCAGGCGUGGCUGCCACUGCUCCUGCUGCUAUGGGUAGUGGGCCGCUUGGCAUCACCAGUGGCGGGGGUGGCAGUGGAUCAAGCUAUGGCUCUUCCCAACAUGACACUUCCCAGGAUAAAACUCCCCAGAGAAACGUCUCUUCCAAGGUUGCCAGCCAAAAGAAAGCCGCCAAGAAGAAGAAGCGCAAGUCUCGCUUGGAGCGCGAGCGAGAAGACUCCCCCACAGAGCUGCCCAUUGAUCCUGACGAGCCCACCUACUGUCUGUGUGAACAAGUCUCAUACGGCGAGAUGAUCGGCUGCGACAAUGAUCUGUGCCCUAUUGAAUGGUUCCAUUUCUCGUGCGUGAAUCUCACUCACAAGCCCAAGGGCAAGUGGUUCUGCCCCAAGUGUCGAGGUGACAAACCUACAAUGAUGAAGCCACGAGCCCAGUUUCUAAGAGAACUCGAAAAAUAUAAUAAAGAGAAGGAAGAAAAGUCUUAGUUUUGACGUGGAUGGUGUUUCAUGGGUGUAUGAAUGUUUAUUUGACUUGUUACUGCAGUUUUUUCACGUGUAAAUAUCUUGCCAUGUUUUUUAUUCAUAUUUUAUAUUCGUAUACUAAACUGUGUACAUAAUUUUAUUGUGGAAAGAAAGCUCUGCAAGUUGUUUUACUAUGCACGAGUAGCGUUGUUUCUUACAACGUUCUCAUUCAAAAUUUAUUAUCGACUCUUUUUUUAUGACUUCACAUUCCCUCUAUUUAUGGACUUCUCAUCGACCUUCUAAAUGGUAUGGUGCUGGAAAGAUUGUGUUUGUUUUCUGGUGGAUUAACACAAUCCACCAGAUUGUGAUCCACCACAAUCCACCAGAUUUUGAUUCUGGUGGAUUAAAUACUUGAUUCGUUGACUCAUCAUGAACUUUAUGGUUGAGAGACUUGGUGGAAACUUUUUGUUUCUUGAUUAUAGAUUCAUCUGCAUUUUAAAACUGGGCUAUAAGUGGUCAUGAAUGGUUAAUUAGUGCAACCAUUUGAACUAUCAAAAUGAUUUUCUUUUUCAUGAUUUAUUUUUUCCAAAAUUCAUGAAGCAAUAGUACUAUCGUUGUAUUUUCUUUGCUCAUGAUGACUUGAUGUUAAUGAUAAAAUGACUUUCAAUUUUUUUAUUUCAAUUCAAUCGAUUAUUUUGUUUUAAAUCCUUGAAGCAUACCUAGUAAUAUCGUCCAUGAUGUUUAUCUGCUCGAACUGUUGAAUUUCCAAGUAGGUGAAGCCCUUGGUUUAAAGUUAAUGAACAAUGCCAUGGUUCAUUUGUCAAACAGCAUUUUUUUUCAAGGUACGCAUUCAUUUUCACGUUAGUUAUUAUUCAUAUAUGACUGAGCUCAAAAUUAAUACAUUAUGUUAGUCGUGCGUUUCUGCAAAGCAAAGAAAUAACUAGGCUCUGCACGCAUCUCUUGACAGAUACUCCUUUUACGUUUAUAUACAAAUGUUCUGUGCUGAGCCAUCAUAUUUAAUGUCACAAGCUCAUGCGCUUUGUUGUAGGAUAGGCGCUUAAGUUAAUAGUAAUAACUAAUAAUGUUACAGAUGUGGAUUCAAUGUUGACUAUUGCAGACUAUGUGUUGUCAUGAAGUAUUUUUUCUUGUGGCUAGUGCCAACUCCAUUCAAAGUUUAUUUCUAGUUAAAAACUCACUUAAUAUUUCUUUCUUAUGUUCUAUGUGGCGUUAAUUUCUCCACAGGCUUCAGAAGCGCAAUUUUAUUACUUACCCUUUGUAUCAUCUUCAUUUUGUUGUUUUUUAAUCUUUCAUUCCUCCCUAGUUAUUAUAUCUUUGAUGUGUAAAUUUUUCAGAAAGUUAUUGAUAAGUAGAUUUUCUGUGAAAAUUUCGGCAGCUAUGUAUACUAUUAUUUUAAAUGAUUGAAAAUGUAUGCUAACCCCACAGUUACUGCGUUUUAUCUAACGCAGUCGCCUCUUCAUAGUUUUCCUUCCGCCUUCACUUCACUACCAGAUAUUCCCAUUCACAUAAUUAUUUUCUGUGAGUUCAGGACCAUUUUUACCUUGUUGAUCUCAAUGUUCUUGAAUAACUCGCCCGAAGCUCAUUCAUUCUGAUCAUGUAUCUGAGAUACGGAGUUAAGUAGAUAUUGAAGCGAGUUCCAUUGCAGUUCCUCACUCAGUCUCAUAACCCAAGCUGGCGUGGCGUGCAAUCGAUAACACCUCAGAGUGUCUUCGUGUCUGUUGCUGUUCGUCUAUCGUCUCACUCUGGUGCUGCUUCGUACUCGCCACCUCAUUUCAUAUUUAGGCCUAUAUGAGUGUUUAUUUUAAUACGUUCCUGACAAGAUGAAAAUGCAAAAAAUAUUCGAUAUUGUACAACUAUUUCCUAACUUGAGCUACACCUGUCAUAAAGAAAAAACAUUUGAUAUUUUAAUAAGGGACAUAUUCUAUUUGGUAGAUAAGUAUAAUUUGGUUAUUUUAAGUAUCCUAUAUUGGACCUGUUGAUCAGUUCUUCCAAUAGCUCUUCAAAGGCUUCCAGUCAGUUGGCAUAUUUUUUUCAUCGAUCUAAAUCACGAAUCGGCAGUCGAUUUCUCUUGCUCUCACUUGGCCGCGUAUAAGUUCGCCUGCUGAUGGUGCGAUGUGCUCCGUAAUCACAGCGUGACAUAUCCACCAACCCGCUUUUCUCAACGAACUCGUGCAGGUUUAAGGCGCACUUGUAGUGCAGUAGGUUUCGUCCAAGAGACUGGCACUCAAAAAUAAUUUCGGAUGCAUAAAUUUUAUUACGCCUAAUUUCAGUUUUAGACUACACUUGCCCAUGGCAGAUGGCCAAUUAAUUCCGCUCCUCGUACGAAUCUCUGUCUCCCCGUAAUUAUAGUUGAGUGCCUGCUCCAGUACUCGAAUUGUUCUUAGCGUAGUAGCUCUGCAAAUGAUCGGUCGACCCUGUCUAUUCAAGAGGGCGCUUGUAAUGAAACAGUGUCGACCAUAUCAAAGCUUUAAUUUUAUACAUACAUUCUGAUUAAAAUAAAUCGAACGUACCAGUC